UGACCCGUGACCCCACAAUAAGUCACACCGUGCUUUUCUGUUUACAUACAAUAAGUACAGUACAGCUAGCUAGCUAAGCAAGUAUACAUAUUGUCACAGCAAGACUAAAAUCUACCUCUGGCUAUGGCUACCUGCAGAAGCUCACAAGUCAUUGAAGAUUUCAGGCAGGGAGUGACCUGUCCAGAGUGCCAGCAGCUUUAUGGGGCGUACAACUCUAGGUUACUUCCAUGUCUGCAUACUUUCUGCGUUGAUUGUUUACACAAACUACCAGUGGAAACGCAAUUUACUACUACACCUCCUACUACACCUAAAGUGCACGAUGAGAGCAAGACGUUAUGCAGCUCAAUAGACGUACAACCAAACAACAGCAGCGAUCCUUCGCCAACCCAAGCCGACAAAAUUAACACUGUUGAUUUCUCUCUCACCAAAUCUAGGAGGUCAAUGAUUGAAGGCACUAUUCAUAACUACAUUGAUUGUCCAAAAUGCCAGAAGCAAUGGCCACUACCAGAAAAAGGUGUAGAUGGAUUCCAGUCGCCUGCUAUCGUUUCAGAUGGGGUUGCAAUCCUUGAAACACUGGAGAACCUAGUACAAGAAGGGGGACCAAGAUGUCGUCACUGUCGAGAUCCCCCGCUAGCAGUUGCGUAUUGCAAACAACAUAGCUGCUUUAUCUGUGAGCUGUGCCAGAAGAUGCAUGAGACAUGGGUGGAGUAUCGAUCACACGAAGUUGUUAGCAUUGAGGAACUGGUGCCGGUGAGGGAGAGCGAGAGCGCUAGUUCCAGUGAUAUCGUUGAAAAGGCCACAGAACAAAGAGGCACUCAUAUCCUGAGAUCACUUGAUGUCCCAACAUUUGUGGCUAAACUUCAAGGCAUGGAUUAUCGUAAUCCUCAAGACAUCCCGUAUUGCCGUCUCCACUUAAACACAAAGAUUAAGUUCUACUGUCACAAUUGUCGUGAGCUAGUAUGCCAUGAUUGCUGUCUUGUCGAUCACAGACAACACACUGUAGAAACAGUUAGUAGGGAGCUACUCACAACUCACGAAGAAGAUAUAAGAAGCAUUGUUGCUAGUCUUGAUGACACUACCAAAGAAUUGAAUGCCAUGGAUCGGCAAACCACUGUCAAAAAAGAUGUUUUUACAACACAUGUUAGUGAACUUCGAGAUGAAAUAGUUGCCAAAUUUGAGGAAUUGAAAAAGAGUAUCCAAUACAGACAAGAUGAAUUGCUGACACAGCUAAAUGAGCUUGAGAAAGAUCCAUUCGAAAAGUUGCAAUGCCGCGAGCAGAAAAUCAAGAAAGUUCACGAGAAAAUUGCCGAAUCAAGGACAUUCAUUGAAAACAACCUCUCAAAUUCUGGUCCAACUGGAGUCUUGUCUGUAGAGCGAACAAUUAUGGAGAAUAACAGAUUCUUGUGUUCUGAAUUCCAAUUUAUCCCAACCAUUGAGGAGUCCCCUCAGUUUCAGUUCAUUUCGUACGAUGAACUACCCAAUUCAAUAUCUUCAUUUGGAGCCUUGAGGACUGUCUCGCCUGAAGGCGAAUUGCCUGGAAACCGAAAGCCACCUGGUCCCCCACGUCUCUUAAUCUCACUAAAACAAUCUUUCCGUGACAGUCAAUUGUCUCUGACACCUUCAACGUCGGAAGUUACCAGUAGCACUGACGAUUUUCAGUCACUUCGACAAAAUCAGAAAUACGAAGAAGUGUUUCCAAUCCCUUUGACUGUCAGUGUUCCAAGAGUUCAGGGUGAUGCUGUUAGAGAAAUUCACUGUGCUCACCACCCUUCAGGGAUUACAUCGGCAAACUUCCUGAUCAUUUGCGAGAACGGUUCUAAUCAUUGUGUAUCGAUACUGACACACCAGGGAAUUCUGAUCCGAAGAAUUGGGGAGAAAGGAGAAAAUAAUGGCAAAUUUCUGCAACCGCAGUGUGUAGCCGUCGAUAGUUCUGAGCAACUCUUUGUGACCGAUUCUGUGUAUCGCUUGCAAGUGUUUGACUCCAAUGGAACUUGGCUGAAGACCGUCGGUACUAGAGGCAAAGACAAGCUGCAGUUCAAAGACCCUGUGGGUAUAGCAAUCGGUACAAAUUGUCGUGUGUUUGUUUGUGAGCGUGAAAACUAUCGAAUCCAAGUGCUCAAUAGCGACCUAACUCAUUACAAGUUUAUUGGACAGAGAGGAAAAGGGAAAUGUGAAUUUAACCAACCUACGGAUAUCACAAUCGAUGCGUACGGUCUACUAUAUGUUGUAGAUUCGUUCAACCACCGAAUUCAAGUACUCACUCAGGAAGGCUCAUUUGUUCGUGAAUUUGGUAGUAAAGGCAAGCUUCUUGGUCAAUUGCUUUCUCCCUCUCACCUUUGUGUCGACCCUGAUGGCUUUGUUUUUGUGACUGAACUACGUAAUCACCGUAUUAGUAUGUUUACAAUUCGAGGGGAAUUCGUGAAGUGUUUUGGCGGACCAGGAAGUGGGCUGGGACAGUUAUCAUCUCCACGAGGAAUAGCCAUAGACUUAAACAAAAUUCUGUAUGUCAGUGACUAUGGCAAUGAUCGCAUUCAGGUGUUUAAGUGAAGCAUAUUUUUAUGUUUUUAUAAUUAUGAUAUUGAUACAGUCUGGAUUUAACGUACUUGUUAAUUCAAUAGCUAUAUAAUUGUUGCUUUAUACUUAACCAUCAUAAUAUAAUUUAUAUAUAUACAUUUAGCAAUUAAUGUAUGCAUAUUUUAUACAAGUAGAAGACAGGUGCAGAUCUGCAUGUGCU